GAGACAAACAACCUUCUCAAAAAGAUGCCACAAUAUUUCCAUGGCGGAAGAUCAUCAUGGGUCCAUCAAGGUCCUCGAGAUUUGCACGAUAUCUCCUCCGCCGGGAUCCGCCGUACCGGCCUCUCUUCCACUCACCUUCUUCGACAUCCUCUGGUUCCGCUUCCCUCCAGUCGAACGCCUCUUCUUCUACAAAUCUCCGGCGGCAUUCCACGCCAUUCUUUUAAACCUCAAAAACUCUCUCUCUCGCGUCCUGCAACACUACCUUCCCCUCGCCGGAGCAAUCGUCUGGCCGGAAACAUCCCCCAAACCGGCCGUCGUUACCACCGCCGGCGACGGCGUUGUGCUGACGGUGGCGGAAUCCGACGCCGACUUCGACCAUCUCGUCAGCGAUGGGUUGCGUGAGGAGGCGAAGCUUCGGCCUCUGGUGGCGGAGCUUGCAGUGGAGGAGGAGCGGGCGGCGGUGAUGGCGGUGCAGGUGACUUCGUUUGGGAAGGGUGGAUUUAGCAUCGGAAUAACUGCCCAUCACGCGAUUCUGGACGGGAGAUCGUCGACUUCGUUCGUGAAAUCGUGGGCGGGAUUGUGUAAAAAUUUGGUUGCGGGAGGUGAGCCUGUUUCUCCAGCGGCUGAGACGAUGCCGUUUUACGAUCGGAGCGUGGUCGCCGAUCCGGCGGGACUUGAGGCCAUAUAUUUAAAAUCUUGGUUGGCCAUGGGAGGGCCCAACAACAGAAGCUUAAAAUGUUUUGACGUCACAAUUCCGCCGGAUCUAUUCCGAGGCACAUUCAAGCUGAAUCUCCAAAAUAUCCAAAAACUCAAGCAAUUUGUACUCAGACACCGGACCCCGACCCACCCGCCGCUCCACGUCUCCACCUUCACGGUGACGAUGGCGUACACAUGGGUCUGCACCUCCGUGGCCGACGGUUCCCCACCCGACGGCGAGAGGGCCUUCGGAAUGUCGGUGGACGCCCGAGGGAGGCUGGACCCACCUCUGCCGGUGACAUACUUCGGAAACUGCGUGGUCGUCCGAGGCAUCGCCUUGGAGAGGGCCAAAUUGGUUGGGCAAAAGGGAGUAGUUGCCGCCGUGGAGGUGAUAUCGGAUAUGAUCAAAAGCUUGGAAGAAGAGGGGCCUCUAAAUGGCGCCGAAAACUGGGUUUCGUUGAUAGCGGAAGGUGCAAAAAACAAUUGGAAGCCGAUUUCCACCGCUGGAUCGCCGAAAUUUGAGGUGUACAGUGUGGAUUUCGGUUGGGGGACGCCAGAGAAGGUCGAAGUUGUGUCCAUUGAUGCCACGGGAGCAGUUUGCAUCUCCGAAAGCCGAGACGGCGGCGGCGUGGAGAUUGGGUGGACGGCGAAGAGGGAUGUUAUGGAAAACUUCGCUGCGGUUUUUGCUAAAGGUCUUCAAGAACUUUAAGGAAGGACAAUGAGCUAACAUUUACGAAAUCAAUAAUUGAGGAAGUUCUGUCCAUGGAAAUGGGUAGGAUUUAGUUUGACCACAUCAGACGUUCCCAAAAUUUAGUGACAGAUGGGUUGGCUCAUUCAUUGUUGGUGGGAUCAUUGUUUUUAUUUGACUUUGUCAUUAAGUUGAGACAGAUUUAGUCUCGUUAUCUUUGUAAUUGAUCCAUUGUUUGUGUUUCUUUAAAAAUAAUCGGAGAUUUUAUUAUUAUUA